AGACAAGUGAAAAACAAACAAUAAAAUUAAAAUGGCGGUUUAACCAAAUAAAUUCUACAUGAAGAUUGUUUUGCUCAUGCCUCGGGUUUUUCUUUGUUAUCGAGUAUAUUGAAACGUUAUCUAAAUAUUCUUCUUUUAUUGUAUUUUGGUUUAAGCUGAUCUUGCUAACCAAUGCUCUGAUUAAAUGAAUAUCUAAAACACCACUGUCAAUAUUUAAUUCAGUCUUUAGUCAUUUAGUAAAUAGUGACCUAAGUGAUAGUCCAACAGCAAUUUGUUAUUUCAUUAAUAACAUACAUAAACCUUGCUGUAAUCUCAAAGUAAAGUUCAAUAUAUCAUUCAAACAAUACAAUGGGUUGUGAUGGUGGUACUAUACCUCGCCGAGACGAAUUGGUUCGAUUAAAAAAGAAACCAGAACAGAAAGAUAAAGAUGCAGAGCGUUCGAACAAGUGGCGCAAUUGUGCUUUAUCCCAGCAACCACUUCAGGAGCCCAUAGUUGCAUGUGGUCUCGGUAAACUGUAUAGCAAAAGUGUAGUGUUGGAAGCAUUGUUAGAUAAAGAAUCUAAGCCAGAAUCUAUUGGUCAUAUCAAAAAUCUGAAGGAUAUCAAGGAUUUAAAGCUAACAAAGAACCCUGCUCACAAGGCAACAGAGCACACAGAUGGUGCAGUGGGGGAUGGUAGCGCCCCCUUCAUAUGCCCUAUAAGCUUGUUAGAGAUGUCUGGCAAGUUUAGAUUUGUGUUUCUGUGGAGUUGUGGCUGUGUGCUGGCAGAGCGAGCUUUGAAGGAGGUCAAACAGAAUCUAUGUCACAUGUGUCAGCAGCCAUUUACAGACAAAGAUGUUGUUGUUAUAAAUGGAAAUGAAGAGGAUAUAGUAAAGCUUCAAGAAAGAAUGGCUGAACGUGUUGCAAGCAGAAAAACUAAGAAAAUCAAAGCAGAGAAAAUAGAGAAUGUGGAAACUAAGGAAACAGAACUUUCUGUACCAUCUGGAGAUGCAUCUAAUAUAAAAGUUAAGGCUGAAGAACCAACUGCUAGCUGUAGCCAGGUUAAAAAAGAGGCAGAUACAAUACCAUUAUCUUUACCCAAAUUUAAUCCGAACAAACAACCUCGGGGAUUUUUAGGUCCAACAAAGAGAGCAUUUCCUAACGGGUUGGGUGAUCCAUCAUACAAAAAAUCAAAAAAAGAUUACAGUGUUGCUAAGGACCCUCAAAGUAGUGAAGUUUAUAAAUCCCUAUUUACAUCUCAUAAGAAUGAACAGGAGCAGCAGAGGGCUCAUUGGGUUACUUAUAAUCCAUUUUAUAAUUGAUUCUUAGAUUUUUUAUACUAAUAUGUAAAUAAUUAGAAAAUUAUUGUACUUUCAACAAGUAAUAAUUCUGUAUAGAUUGUCUGAAACAUUUUUUUGCUAUAAUUACUACAUAAUUAUUUAUUAAUUAAUUGUUUAAUGUUUUAAAUUUUGGUAAAUUGACAACUAGAGUACAAAUUUGUUGAAAUACACCAAUAAUUAUGUUUUAUAUUUCCUAUAAUUGAUAGCAAAUAAAAAACAAUUUCGAAUUUUAAAUAAUUUUAUUACUAAUUUAAUAAAUACUUAUCCAAUAUUAAUCAAAGAAGUAGACAAUGGAAUGAAACUAUUAAUAAUUGAGAUCUGCGUACAUUUGAGCAUAAUUUCAACCAGCCUUACCCAAUUACAAACUAGCAAAAAUCAAUAAUAAACAAAAUAAUUUAAUACAUAAAACUUAAACGGAAGACAAGACUGAUAAUAUUAUUUUUCAAUAUAGUUGUUGAACAUGAAAAUUAAAUCUUUUGCAUAUUCUUCUUUUACACAGUCGAGGCUUUCUUAUAUGAUCAUUAAUUUUGCAUUUUAGUUUUAAAUCAAUUAAUAAAGUUAAGUAGCAAGGAAUUUUCACACAAAAAAAGUUGGUUAGAUUUAAUACGAAAAAAAAAGAUUGAGUUUGUAAGUCUUAAGGAUUGAAUUCUCCAAUUUUGUUUUAAAUUUAGUUGUUUUAUUUAAUUAGCAGAUUUUUGUCAAGAAUCGAAUAGAUCAUCGCGUGUGAAAACGUCGAAAUCAAUCUGGAGGUUGACUGUUAGCCUCUAUUUUGAGCAAUGCACGUACACUUAUACAAAUCGUGAAAUGAGUUGAGUGUCAAGUCAGUCAUAGCAAAAUUGACCCAAUAAUUUUUACACAGAUAUAUUUUAUUAUACAUAAUAUUGUAAAUAAUAACUUUAUGAAUAUAAAACACAAAUAAUUGUUGUA